AACCCAUUAUUUCUCUAUCGAUAUAGUUCUUUACACUCUCUAUUAUUCCGAAAAGUCCGCUUUUUACGUUGUAAUUUACUGUUGUUAUGGCGAGGAAGCGUGAAACCAAUCCCGGUGUUAGAGUCAUCGGACGAAGAAUAUAUGACUCCAAAAAUGGCAAAUCAUGUCACCAGUGUCGACAAAAGACUCUUGACUUUGCUGCACCAUGCAAGGUCAUGAAGAAGAACAAGCUAUGUCCCAUUAAGUUUUGUUAUAAAUGCUUAUCAAACAGGUAUGGUGAAAAUGCAGAAGAAGUAGCAAAGCUGGAUGAUUGGAUGUGUCCACUAUGUAGAGGCAUCUGUAUCUGCAGUGUGUGCAGAACAAGCCGAGGACAACAGCCCACUGGGAUUUUGGCACCCCAAGCUAAAGCCCGUGGAUUAUCAGUCUAUGAACUUCUUGAAGUUGAAGGGCAUGAUAAGUUUGCUUAUCAGAAGAAGCCAAAACUGGUUAAUGCUUCCAAUGAAGGUAGUAGCAAUAGUGAAUCUGUUCCAGGGACAAAAGUGAGAAUAAUAGAUGUUGCCAAGGAGAAGAAGAAAAAAGUCAAAUCCAGUGACAAACUGAAAGAGGAUAUUCAGUUUGAGACUCAACUUCCUCAGGGUAUAAGCUUGACUUGUGUUUCAAGCAUUGAUAUACCAACUGAAGAAGCUGGAAAUGUAUGUCAGCUUUUCGAGUUUUGCUCAGCUUUUCGAAAGGCUCUUGCUUUGAAGGAAGAACAUGCUGAAACUAUUGUCCGUGAGUUGUUUGUAUGUGGGCGUGACACAAGGAGACAACAAUACUCCUCUAUUAUCCAGAUGAUGAUCCAAUUGCUGGAUUUAAUAUCAAAGGAUAGAGAAAUGUCUUUGUCUCUAAGUGCAACGGACAACAGUUGGUUCACUGCUAUUGGAGAGAUCAUAUUGCAGUCGAAAGUUUUGAGUGAUGAGUUCCCACUUGAAACUUUUGUAGCGGGUGUUGCUGCGUAUGAGAAGAUGAAUGCAUCAAGAAAGCUCAAGCUUCUAAAUUUCUUAUGUGAUGAAUCACUUAGCACAUGGGCAAUGAGGAAUUACAUUAAAAGCCAAACUAGAGAGUGUGGAGAACAGAAAAAAGAAGCUAAACAAAAAGCUGCAGCCGCAAAAGAAAAGGAGAAGGAGCUCAAACAAAUGUUGCAAGGUGAGGUUGCCAAAGCCAUUAUGGAGAAAAACGGAGCUCCAUUGUCUAUUGAGGAACACAACUCAGUCGUGUCUCAAAUAAAAGAUGAAGCUAAAGAAGCUCAUGAAGAAAUGAUAGAGGCAAAGGGCAUGAAAUGUGGAAUGACGGUUAUAUGUGAUGUGCGUAGAACGGAACCAAUCAUGUUGGAUGAUAAUGGUUUUGUUAUCUGGAAAUUGAAGUGUUUUGAAGAAGAACAAAUUUUUUUGCUUCAAGAUCUAGGAACAUUUGAUGAUUUAUGUCCACAUGAAAGAUGGUUAGCUUUUAAGCCUGAGCAGAAACCAGAGAUAGAGAAAUAUAUCUCUUCCAAGAGGUAGGUCAUUCUUAUAAAGAAGCAAUUAACAA